AUGAUGCACAAAAAUUUUGAUACAUCAGGACACGGGCCAACACCAAAAGAGAUAAAAACUUUGGUACAUAAUGAAAUCGGAUGUGAAGUAAGUUACUGGAAAGCAUGGAAAGCAAGACAAAAAGCCUUGGCUAUCAUAAGAGGUACCCCAGAAGAAGGUUAUCCAUUGUUACCGGGGUACUUGCAUAUAUUGGAGCAAACAAAUUCGGGUUCGAGGACAGACUUAAAGUUAGAUGAGGAUAACAACUUCAAAUAUUGCUUUCUUGCUUAUGGAACAGCUAUAGAAGGAUUUUCUCAUAUGAGGAAAGUAAUUUCUGUAGAUGGGACAUUCUUGACUGGAAGAUAUGGUGGUGUACUUUUCUCAUCAUGUGCACAAGAUGACAAACAUGUAAGCAUAAAAAAUGCUGUUGCUGAUGUGUACAAGCUUGCACAUCACGAAUUUUGCAUGUAUCAUAUUACUAUGAAUUUGCGGUCCGGGUAUGGUGAUUGUGACAUUCUUUAUAAUUUUCAAGAAGCUGCAAAAGCAUACACAUUGGAUGAGUUCUCUGUUUAUUUUGAUGCAAUAAUGGAAUCAAAUGUGGAAGCUGGUUGGUAUCUUGAAAAUGAAAUUGGGUUUGAGAAAUGGGCGAGAGCCUAUAUUCCUGGAAAUAGAUACAAUUUGAUGACAACAAAUAUUUCAGAAUCACUCAACGCAGUUUUAAAGGUUCAAAGAAGCUAG